AUAAGCGAGCGCGAAGAAAGAGAGAAGGGGUUCGUGACUUAUCGUUGGUCACCAGCUAACAUUAAAGAUUGAGCAGCCUUAGAUCAGACUCGUGAUGGGGACACCUGAAAAGAUACUUAAGGAAGUCGAUCUUAAAACAGAAAAUAAAUUCCUUAAAGAUCAAAAGAAUAAGCUUGAGGAACAAUACAAAGAAAUGGUGAAUAAAUAUAACGAAUUGGAAAUAAAGAGCAUUAAAGAUCAAGAAGCCCUUAAGGAGAAAAGCAGCUCGUUGGAUAAAGCUUGUUUAGUACUGAAGCAGGAGGAAAAAAAACAUCGGAUAGAACUACAGAAAGUCAGAGAAAAUGCGAACAAAGAAAAGAAGAACCUUCGAGAAGAAAAAGGGAAUUUAAAGAAGCAUGUGGUCCGGUUGCAGAAAGAGAUUCAUGAGAUUAACAAAAAAUAUAAUCAAUGUCUUCAGGAGAUUAAUAAAUUGCAGCAGGACAUGAUAAAGAGCAAAGAUGAGAUUAUCGAGUGUAAAAACAAGGUUAACAUGUAUCUAAAUUUAAGAGAGUAUGAGAAGAAACUUUCCAAGUGUCAAAUUGCAAAAAGUAAUCUGAAUAAAGAACUGAAGACAAAUCAAAGGUACUUUGCCGAAUCUGAGGCACUGAAUUUAAGAGGAGCACUCAACUUUUUUGAGAAGGAAAUAAUGUUCUUCAAUGAUGAUGAAAGAACAAGAGGUGAAAAAUGGCAGGAAUUUUGGAAACAGCGUGAACACAAAGCAUUACUUAAUAAAUUACAAUUCUCUGGCGAUGUAAAAAACACUGUGUGGAAGAUAUUUAAUAAACUAAAUGGUGAAGUUCACCAAACUUAUUAUAAAGGAAAACAAGUUCACAUAAAGAAGAGCUCAUUUUUUGGUAAUGAAUUAUCGUUAAUAAAAGCUAUUUGGCAGUGUGGAGAGCUUGGACAAAGAACUCUCAUUUGGGCAGAGACUGGAGAUGUGAUUGUAUAACUACUAUAAUUUUAUUAACUUAAAACACAGGCUAAUAAAUGCUUUGUUAAAUUGA